UGAUCUUUGCCUGGUGUAAAUAAUUUUAUGUUAAAAGUAAAGUCUGAAGUAUUUACAUGAAUAAUUGAAUAAUUUUUAAUGUCUUUUAGAAAUGAGAGGAGAGUUGCUGUUUUAGAACAUCUAAUAAGUGCAGCCAACAACUUUGUGUGCUCAAUUGCACAAAAUUCCAGGGCACAAGUGUGCAAAUUUGGCGAAAGCAUCUGUAUCAACAUGCUCUACCUAUGGGAAAAUAAGCCUUCAAAUAUAUUAAAGGAGGAAAUCUUGGUGUUCCUAAGGACACAGAUGGCUGCACACCAUCCAGGUGGUGCCAGAAAGGAUGAGUGUGGCUCCUUUGCUUAUGACUGGGAUGAUUGGCAGAGUGUGUUGAAGAAACUAUUUGAACUCUUCUAUACAGAUUUACAGCAGCAGAGUACUCGAAGCAGAUUCUUUGUCAGUUCAAAGGAGACAAGUCUAGUUGAAAACUUUGUCAAACUCAUUGUAGACAUAUUCAAUCAGCUCUUCCUGGAGAAUGUGAAUGCUAUAGAUGUCACACAGAUCUCUACCCAGGAAGGACCAGGGACUAAAAAGAGACGCUUAAAUUCAGGGUGGUGCUAUAUCUUAGACUUCUUGUCAGACAGAGAGCAACACAGCCAGACAAUUCCAUGGAUUCAGCUGCUCACUCGAUUUCUACAAAAGUAUCCCCAGAAUUUUCCAAAAAUGCAGGUUCUCCCAUACUUGGAGGCAAUUGCAACCCAGUUAGGAAAUUUUAAAAAGGUAGAGGUAAUAGAUCACUUGAUGCUCUGUGCCAGGUCCUUCAUCAAUAAUUGGAAUAUGUUUUCUGAGCAGUUAGGACAUGACGAAAUUUUAAAGAAAAUAAGUUCAGCAGCAUUAAGGUGUGUGAGUGUUCAUCAGGCAGAUGACAGUGCUUAUCAGCUGCUGACAAGUAUGGCACAACAGGGACUAGAUAUAGAUCAGGACAUGUGGAGCCUCUUUAUUCCUAGUGUGACUCAACCCAGUCCAAGAGCAGUGCAGUUUCUGAUAACAUAUCUGACCCGAAACAAAAUCCCUGAACACUUCAAAAGUCAUCUGUCUUCCUUUCUAGCUCAGACACCAGACAGUGAUGACAAGAAUCAUCCUUUGAGAAAGCAAUUGUUGGGUUGGCUCUUUCCAGGAAGAAGUCAGUAUGGAGCUAUUUCAGCAGAUAUUCUGGAUGAAAAUAAGGCAGACCCCAGUGAUAUUGGGCACCUAUUUGCUUUGCUACUUUUUAAAAAUCAAAGUGAUGUGCCAAAUUACUUUCACAUGGAACCAGACACUGAUGAUGCUUUCUAUACAAGCCUUGAAAAAAUGUAUUUACUGUCAUCAAACAGAUUUGAAAUCGAGAAUUUCAAAGAUAAAACAGGAACAGAAUUCGUUGAUUCUUGUUUUGAAUGCAAUUUUUUGUAUGAUCUUUUUAAUCAUAUUUUGAACCUUUUGAAGGAUGAAGCAACAGCUUUGAGUGAUGUGAUUGACUGUGAUUUGAAACAUUUAGAAUAUCUCAGUUGGUACAUCUGUGCAGUAGCCAAUAUUGUUCGAUGGAUAGUGAAGUACUGUGCUGGACAAAAAGGUUUAAUGGCAGAGAAGUCAGAAUUGACUAACUGUAUCAAAGUAAUGCUCAGGAUGUUUGGAAAAAAUGUCAAAAUUUUAACUUUGUCUCAAAAUUCUUCAUUAUCUUUGAGAAUUCUUAGAAAUUUUCAGAAUACUUUGAUGUUGGAGAAUGAUGUUAAGUCAAGCAAAAAGUAUUGUGAAGCAAUGAAAUUGCAGUCUUUGGUACCAGCAUGUAUCAUUGAAAAUUUCACUAGUGUUCUAGAAGAAAAGAGAAAAAGCUCAGAUGGAGUCCAGAGAGUAAGAGCUGACAUGUCGCGUGUCAUACAGGGAGCUGACGAAUUUGAUGAUUUUGACAUGGAAAUUAAGACACCAAAUGAUGAGAAGGGUGAUGAUUUAAUGGAAGAUAACUUUGCUGAAUCCCAGGAAUCUGAUGUAACAGGAAGUGAUGGAACUGACAUGAAAUUUAUUCUGGAUGACAGUCAACUAACUGACACACAACAAUUUCACAUUGAAUUGACCAGAACAUUGUGCUGCUGGUGUUCCUUAGACAGUCCAGAAUACAGUAGAGUCCAAGCAGGAUUAAUGAUGGAGGUGGAGCUGUCAACUGUUAAAUCAAAACUCAUCAAAAUUAUGGAAUUGGUGGAUGACUACAAGUCUUUUGAUUUAUUGCAAAUCAGACUGAUUAUUGGAAUGUUAACUUCACCAUCACAAAAUGUGUCUGCGGAAAAUCUUCUUUCCAUGAUUACAGUUGUAAGAUUUCUGGCCAAGGCUCAGAGACAGGAUCAGGAAGUAUGCUGUUUGUGUUUGGAGAUGCUAUGUGAUCUCAUACCCUUAUUACAGUCAGGCAAGGAUAUGGCUAGUCCGUCUAUCAAGGAGAGUAGAGAUGCUGCCCUCACCCUCUUGUCAGCUUUUCUGAAUUUGCCAUCUGAAAAAUGCACAGAGAAGGUUAGACUUGGAAUGGCAAAAUGCAUCAUCCAGCUUAUAAAAGCAGAUCAAAAUCAAAAUUGGGCAAAAAUUUCUUUGAAAAGAGAUGAAGGUUAUGCAGAUGUUCCUGUUUCUGAUGAAUUUAUUAAAUAUUUAGGAGACCUUAGCCAUGCUGUAAGGAUGCAUUCUGCAAAAGCUGUUCAGGGACUUUUCAUGUGUAACGGUAUACCGUGUGAAAGAGUGACCCAAGAUCAUCAUUUUGAUGCUAUAUACAGUGAAAUAAUGGAGUUAUUAGAUCUACAGGAUAACUUGUCCCCUGAGAGAGCUAUGGAUGAGAAGAACAACAGAGUUGGCUCUGCCCUCACAUGUCUGGCUUACAUAGUGUGUGCCAGUCCAGUCUGCGAAAAGAAGGCACUGUUUGCUUUCUGUCAGUUGACCAAGGCCAGAGGCGUACAGACAGAAAAAAUCAAACUGGCUUUACAGAAACUUGCUGAAAUCCAAGGUUAUGAAAAUUGUUGCAGUUACAUUGAGACUUAUCUACCUUAUUUGAUUCAUCAGUGGUUAUGUCUACAGUAUAAUGUGGAUGACUUUCCAUUCCUAUUGGUCAACUGUGGUUCAAAGAAGGACUUCUACAGAGAACACUUUGAGAUUCUCAUCACCGAACUCCUUAUGUUUAAAGAUAUUGACAAUGCAAAGAGAGUAGCUAUGACCCUAGGGCAAGACUGGCUGGAGGUUCUAAAACUCUGCAUACCCAGGAUUGUGGUGUUCAUUCUGCCUCAGUUUGCAGCCUCUCAGAGGGGAGAGACUGCUAGUGAACAUGUGAAAAAGAGGACGGCUCAUGCAACUGCUUGUUAUACUCUGCUGACUGAUCAAGCUGGAAAAGAGAUGGUAGAUAAAAGUAUUGGUAACAACUUGGAUGUCAUUGUUGUCAACAUUUUGCUGUGUCUUUAUGACCUUGAAGAUGACAAAUUUAUGAAAACUGCUGUCAUCAG